AUGCCACAUGGGAGCUUAUCGCUUGGAGCGAGGUUCAAACUUACUACGGCAGUCGUCAACAAGAGAUCAGCCAUGAUGGUACACACCAACGCAGCCGAUUACGUCCUGGACUGUAUUUCGUCGAAGCAGGAUAAUGUAGCACAGAUCGACUCCACGAGCGGUAAGACCAUCUCUUGCUCAGAUAUCAGACAGAUGGUUAAGACGGUAUCCUGGAAGGUCCAGUCGGCAGGUUUCGGCCCUGGUUCGGUGGUGGCACUCUGCUCGGAGAACUCGUUGGAGUACGUCGGGGUACUGUUGGGGAUCCUUAGGGCAGGCGCCAUUGCAGCUCUGUACCCUACUUCCCUUAGACCGAGAGAAUUGGAACACUCGAUAUCCAUCACAAAACCAUCUGCACUCUAUGCGCCUGAACUAAAUUCAGAACAGCUGAGCACAAUAGGAAACUACCCUGAAAUCAAACUUUUCAAAUGGUCUUUGGAUGAAAUUAUGGAUGAUAAGGAAUCUGAUAAAUUUCAAACUGAAGAAAUUAUAAAUGAACACCAACCAGCAGUUCUCCUCUCAUCGUCUGGUUCAACUGGUUUACCAAAAGCAGUCACUAUCUGUCAUUCAAAUAUAAUUUGUUCACUAGCAGAAACAAGUGCAUUAAUGAUGAAAGCUGGUGAAACAGCACUAGGCUUGAUGCCUUUUUCUCAUGCGUACGGAUUAGGUCUGAUGCUGAUGGCACUCUGUGAAGGCUCCCCGCUGGUUGUGAUGCCUAAAUUUACUCCAGAGAAGUUUUCUCAAGUAAUUACUACUUACAAGAUAAGGCUUCUGCAUGUUGUGGCCUCUUUUUUAUCCAAAAUGAUAAAUGGAGUUAUAAAGCCAGAAAGCCUGAGUUCUAUCCGUGCUGUAUAUACUGGGGCAUGUCCAGUUCUACCAAAGAUACAAGCAGCCAUUCUGGAGAGACUACAGCCAGGAGCAAAGAUGUACCACAGCUAUGGGAUGACAGAAACUACUCACGUAGUAUGUUUCGGGGAAGUGCGUUUCGACAAGCCUGGGUCGCCGGGUCAAAUUCUAUCAUGUAUGGAUGCAAAGAUAAUUGGAAAUAAUGGAGAAGAAUUAAAAAGUGGUCAGAGGGGAGAACUAUGCCUCAAGGGUCCUUUGAUAAUGCCAAGUUAUUAUGGCAACCCGGAAGCUACUGAAGAGAGCUUUACCAAUGAGAAAUGGUUAAAAACUGGGGAUUUAGCAUGGAUAGAUGAAGAUGGCUACAUGUAUAUAGUGGAUAGAAUAAAGGAUAUCAUUAAAUUCUUGGGUUAUCAGGUAUCUGUUACUGAAUUAGAACAGAUAAUUAGUGAACAGUCUGGAGUUUCUGAGGUCGCUGUUGUUGGGAUUCCGCACGAGGCUUACGGAGAAGUACCACGGGCUUAUAUUGUACCAGAUGAAAAAGAAAAACCCUCAAAAACAGAAAUUGAGGAGGCAAUAAAACGAGAACUUUCCCAUUAUAAGUGGCUAAGAGGAGGUGUUAGGUUUGUUGAAUCUCUACCAAAAACACACAGUAUGAAGAUAAUGAGAAAACACCUGCGUGCCAUUCCAUGAUUUUUAUUUUAAUAUUUAUUUCAAUAUAUUGGUUUUUAUAAUUAAAUAAAUUCUUUAUAAAUACUGUUAAUAUUUGUAAAAUCAAUUUAUACUCUUGUUAAUAAAUUAUUUCAAUUU